AUGCAGCAUUGGACAGUAGCCGCUCCGUGGCUUGACCUCCACUGCUCCUUGGCGGAGGGACCAUUUUAUGAGAAAGGAACCGACUCUCUACGAUUUGUUGACAUCAAGAAGAAGCGUGUGCACACAGUGUCCCUCAGCAGGGGUUUGUCCUCAUUACACACCAUCCAACUUGAUAUUUGUCCGACGGUAACUGCUGAUAUCGAGGGAGUCGACCCGAGAGAACGCAUCCUCCUUGGCGUCAAAUAUGGCUUGGCAGGUCUUGACCGGGAGACGGGAGCAUACGAAAUGCUAGCACGGUUCAACGACCCGGACAACGAACGCUUGCGCAGCAACGACGGAGCAGCCGAUCCCCACGGAUUAUUUUGGGUUGGCAGCAUGACGGACUUUGGGCAGGGGGAGUUCCAGCCAGAAGGUUCUCUAUUCCGGUUCAGCAAAGACGGGAAAGAGGAAAUGGUCAAGGGUCUGACGAUCCCCAACUCAAUAGGCUGGUCUCCUGACAAUAAGACCAUGUACUACACUCAUUCCAAGGCUCGUCAAAUUUUUGCCCUCGACUACAACGCCGUCUCGGGUGCAGUUUCCGACCACCGACUGUUCUACAAGCACCCCACAUCCGGAGAGCCGGAUGGGUUUCGCAUCGAUGUGGAUGGCAACUUGUGGACCGCUGUGUACGGCGAGAGCAAAGUGCUCAAGAUCAAUCCUGAGGGCAAAGUAAUAGGGCAGGUUACUCUGCCGACGCGCAACAUUACCUGUGUGCAGUUUGUCGGUACCGAACUGAUUAUUACAUCCGCGGCAGAUGAAGACGGUGAAGACAAGACCAGCCGCGACUAUGGCGGUGCAUUAUUUCGAGUGGACGUAGGGACAACCGGGCUGGAGCUGUUUAAGUUUAGGAUGUAA